UAAUUAAUUUGGUCCUGGUGCAUGCAGACGCUCGCAGCCAGAUGGAGUCUGGCGACCAUUAAAAAGCACCCAGAAAGGCGUCUUUGUUGCUCGUAGCUCUCUACCCUUUUUCUUUUGCUGCUGCUUGUCUCUCGUUCCUUCUUCUGGGUGCUAGGAGUCGUCGUCUUCUUCUUCCACGGGCACGGAUAAAGGAGGGAGAGCACACACAUCCGCCAUCGUCGCUGCUUCACGUACGACGAGUAUUCUGUAUUCAUGGAGCAGCAGAGCCAGGGACAGGGAGGGAGGAGGCGGCAGAUCCCGGCGUUCGGGAGGUGGAACCAGCACAGCGUCGGCGACGAGGUGCCCAUCACGCAGUACUUCGAGUCGGCAGUACAGGCCAGCCUCCUCGCCAGGCCCGGCCACUGCUACCACGACGCCGGCGCCGGCGAGGUGCUGCUGUUCCGGUCGUCCGCCUCGCCGCCUCCGCACAAGCCGCCCAAGAAGGUGCGGAGCACGACGGAGUGUCACGGUCACCACCAGCAGGUUCAGGUUGAGGAGGUGGGGAGCAGGAGGAGGCAGCAGCAGCGGCGGCGGCAGGAGCCGUUGCCGCCGUUCGUGUCCGGCGACGUGUCCCGCGCGGCGAGGCCGAGGGUCGUUAGGGCGGCGGUGGACGAGGACCUGUACAAGGUCCCUUCCGAUAUGCUACGCAAGAAGAAAGGGGUACCGUUUCUCUUUCUCUCUCUCGUCUCUACGACGUCUACCAAUAAACUGUACUGUCUGUCAAUAUAGGCCCUGUUUGGCACAGCUGCUGCUUGUUGAAAAAGCAGCUUAUCUGAUAAGCUGGUGAAAAGUAGCUUCUGCUUGUUGGCUGCUUUUAGUGUAUUAUGAGAAGCAACUGAACUAAUAAGUUGCUGCAGAAGCUAGCUGUUUGGCAGAACUUCUACUUAAAUUUGUGAAGAAGCUGAAAAUAAGCUGUGCAAAACAGGGCCAUAAUCUGCUUACAUGAUUAGAUCCAAGCAAUAAACAAAUGAAAGAAAACCUAAUAUUUUCUCGAGUUCCCAGACCUAGCUAGCAAGUUGACUUCAAAGCUCGCUGUACUUCUCUUGUUGGUUUCUUUUUCAGAGGAAGCAUGUGAGGAGCGUGUGGAUGGGCUGCGUGGGCCUCACCUGCGUCGCCUGACAUGACCAGUAGUAGCCUUUCUUCCACCUUUAUCGGAUCGCGUGGAUGGCAAGAAAGAGAGUCCAAGAGGACGACGACCCGAACCCGACCACAAGCAUCCAAAAGCCGACCCCGAAUGCUAGCCGUUUCAGUCCAUUCAAUGGUGAUCGUCAGUCACCAACUCACCACGUUGAGCACAGGGAUGCAAGCAACUCGGUAUACUACUGCACCACCUCGUGCUCCAUGCACCGUCGUCAGUCCGUCGCGGCUGAGCUUUUGUUCCGCCGGACACAGAGAUGCAAGCCCGUACUGCACAUCGUCGUGGACAACACAAGAGCUAGUACGUACGUGAUGCCUGCCGUCUAUCCGAUCUGUGGAUGGGUAGCUGAUGAGUUCUUCAUCGUGUCAUUGCGCGCGCGCGCGAGUUGUCCAUAUCUAUGUAUGCAUUCUUUUAGAAAUGGAUUUGGCUUCAAUCUGUUUGGGACCAAUAUCAUCACUCUUGGUUAUCUGUUAAGGAACCGAAAUAGUUAAAUUGAUAAAACCUUCUCCCCA